CUGGCAGACCUUCACCUCGUGUGAUCGUAGUGCCUCCAGCCAGAGUGCAGGGCAUGCAUGGGCAGAGGAAGCCCCGAGGACAGCACACCAUCAUCUGAGCCUCUAGACAUGGGGAACAUCUCCUCCAACAUCUCCUCCUUCCAGUCCCUGCACAUCGUCAUGCUCGGCCUGGACUCCGCCGGCAAAACCACCGUCCUCUACCGGCUCAAGUUCAACGAGUUCGUCAACACCGUGCCCACCAUCGGCUUCAACACCGAGCGGAUCCGGCUCAGCAACGGGGCGGCCAAGGGCAUCAGCUGCCACUUCUGGGAUGUGGGUGGUCAGGAGAAGCUGCGCCCGCUCUGGAAGUCCUACAGCCGCUGUACAGACGGGAUCAUCUACGUGGUGGACUCCGUGGACUCGGACAGGCUGGAGGAGGCAAAGACAGAACUGCACAAGGUGACCAAGUUUGCCGAGAACCAAGGGACCCCUUUGCUGGUCAUCGCCAACAAGCAGGACUUGCCCAAAUCCCUGGCAGUGGUCGAGAUCGAGAGACAGCUGGCACUGCAGGAACUGAGCCCAUCUACCCCAUACCACGUCCAGCCAGCCUGUGCCAUCAUCGGAGAAGGACUCACUGAGGGCAUGGACAAACUCUACGAGAUGAUCCUCAAGAGGAGAAAGACUCUCAAGCAGAAGAAGAAGCAGCGAUAACAUUGGGCUGUCCUGCAUGCCAACCAAAGAUGCCCUCCUGAUGUUUAGGGAGCUCCUACUGUGGACAUGGCAUGUCUGGGUGCUGGCCUGGAACCUAAAAAAAGAACAAAUUCCUUGCACUAUGUGACAAGGGGGGACCCAGUUAACCAGAUGCAGGGCAGGACCCUGGCAUUUGACCCUCAUCCAUCCUGAAGGCAUAAGCUGUGUCAUUGCAGAGCAAUAUGCAGCCCAACCCUCCAGUGCCACAUGGGGAUUCAAAAGAACAAAAAUACACUAUUGACCCAACCCUGGAGUAUGGAGAUAGAUGGAAUGGUUGCCCAGGGUAGGGCCAGAUGACAAGUGUUCUAUGCGACAGUGGACUGCAGACCAUGGUUGGCUAUAGAUAUGUCUCAGUCUGUAUAAUUUAUGGUCCUGCCAAAAA